GGAGAGAGCGCAGAGGAGGCGCGCGAAGGCUCAACGCCCAGGCUGUGCGACCGACCCCCGCUCGCAGGAGACGAGCCCCGGCCGUGGGGGUGCGCGGGCGGUGCGCGGCGCGCGCGGUCCGAGGGCAGGUCCGGGGGCUCGCGUGCCCCUGUCCGCAGCCGCCCGCGAUGAGCGAGGCGAGCCGCGUGUGCUCGGGCUACUACAGCCUCAACCACAGCUUCGUGGAGCCCUUCGAGUGCCCCCGGAGCGGCGAGGGGGCCGCCCUGCUCUACUGCUGCGGCUUCGCCGACCUCAAGUACUGCUGCAGCGAGCCGGGCAGCUACUUCCCCUACAAGCACAGCUAUAUGUGGAGCCUCAGCAUCGGUGCCCUGGUUGGAUUGGGAACUGCUGCCCUUGUUCUGCUUGCCUUUGUCGUCAGCGUCUGUGUCCUUUGCUACCUAUUUCUGUCUACAAAGCCUCAAAAGUUAGACACUGGCCUUAAACUUCAACACCUCGAGGCUUCUUCCACUCGAGAAGGCAACUCAAACAGGAAAACCAAAGCCCCCAAUUCAAACGCAGCAUCAAAUUCAACAAUUGAAACAUCCUAUGAAGCUGAUGAUAUAAUUCAAGAUCCAAAAAUGGAUACAACACAAAUCAAAACUGUGUAUUACUAA